AGCGGCCGUCUUCCAACCGGAGUCGCCCAUUCCCCCCUUGCUUGUCCAUACCGCUGUGUUGGCAUGGUCUCGCUAUUGACGAGCGAUGAAUUGUCUCCUUUCCGUCGGUCCAGGCAACGGGGACCUGAAGUGGUCGGAUAGCCAUAGCAUCGACUCGGACGACGCUCGGUCAGUCGCAAUGCCCUCGCCUUGGCUGGGCUCUCGCUCGACGGGGUCCAGCUCGGUCUCAGCCUCUUCUUCGAGCCUGGGGUUCUCCCACACCGGCCAGCUUUCGCCCAUCAGCAACGGCGUGGACCUGCCCUGUGGAGCUGUCCACGGCUCCGCCAGUCUCGCCUCUCCGUCUCAGUCUCCCUCGGUGACGGCCACAUCCCGUCCGGCAUCGUCGUCUGUCCAAACCCCCGCCUGGCCGCCGCCAGGUUGUGUUGGCCCCGAAAACCCCUCUCCACUUCCCGGUCCCGAGGAGCGCUACGAUGCACAACACCGGGAUGCUGCUGCCUCAGAAGGGGGGGACGUAGCCGAGGUUUUGGUUCCCAAGCUGGAACCGAUGGAGGACGAUGACUUCUGUAUGAAUGACUUCCAGGAGGCUCCUUCGCCCUUCGCUACCCGCGCGCUCCCCGGCCACCCACCGCAAGAAGAAGCCUUGGAACACUCGAAGCAGAAGAGACCGAGGGGACGACCACGGAAGCACCCGUUCGUACCGAACGUCGUCACACACAACAAGAUCACCAAGGGUCGGUCCAAGACGGGAUGCUUGACCUGUCGGAAACGGAAAAAGAAAUGCGAUGAAGCUAAGCCACGAUGCAUGAACUGCGAAAAAAAUGCAGUUGUUUGCGAGGGCUACCCAGAGAAGCAGAUCUGGAAAAGCGGAAAAGAAAGGGCCGAAGAGGAACGCCUCAGGUGCCGGGGCUUCCCGUCCAUCACCAUGCGCCCCCUCUUCCACUGUCUCGAGACGGUCGAGGACAGGAUAUUUUGGAAACAUUACAACGAACACCUUAGCGCUGUGCUGACCGUCGAGAGCGAGCACAAGAACGCCUUCAAAGACAUGAUGAUUCCAAUCGCGGUGAAGCACCGAGGGUUGAUGCACUCCAUCCUGUCCCUGGCGAGCAAGCACAUCGACUACGAGACGCCAUACGGUCUCAACAUCCUGAGGAACAAUCCCAACACCACCCUCGAGGCUCUGAAACAGCGCUCGUUCUACCAUCACCAACAAGCGCGGUUCAACAUGUACCGGGACAUUGAUGCGGCCAGGAAGGCACCGCACACGAUCGACAGAGUUUCGACCGAGGCCCGGUAUGGCCAAAUGCUUUGUUUCCUCCUCGAGGCUCUCGUCGAGGGCGACUCGAGAAGUGAACACAGGCCGCAUCUCCAGGCUUACUGCAAUCUUAUCUCCAGCUCACCACCCGAGGACUCCCCCUUCCUGUCCUUUAUUGCCGAGGUCUUCCAAUACUACAUAUUCGCCGCCGAACUCAUCCCCGGCCUCAAUGGCCACGCCGCUCGUCGCCUUGAGCCUCUCCCGCCGUUUCCCACCAUGGAUAAACCCCGGUUGCUCGGCGUCGCCGACGGCCUGCUGAAUUACCUGUCCCAGAUCACCGAGAUCCGCAACACCAUUCGGAGCAAGAUGAUGGCACAGGUGGACCUAGCCGUUGACUACCAAGUGCUCUAUCAAGGCAGCGAGAUCGAUGGCGCCAUUCGCGAUUUCACAACCUAUUGGCCCCCCGGAGACAGCCGCCAGCAGGUCACCCUCCUGUACAAGCAGAUGCUGUGGAUAUACCUCAACCGGACCGUCCAUCUGCCAUCUUCGACGCCGUCGUCCAUGGCAUCGUCCUCGACAUCCCUCUUAUCGAACAAUAGUCAACCUUGCCAUGGCCGGUAUCCGGCCUCGGUGGUCAAUACGCCUCCGCAAUCCGCGUCAACCAGUUGCGCCUCCUCUCCCCAGCUCACCGCCUCCGGCCAUGAGUCAAACCAUAGCGAUGGCCGACCGAAUUCGCGCCUGGGCCCGACGUCUCGCCCACAGGGCAGCAUUGCAGCAGACAGCGGAGUGACCGCAGCCGGGCGCGACAACCGAGCGGAAUCCCCUGCCCCAACCCGACAGCCGCCGGACCUCGAUCCUGACCUCGCCCAGGCCGUCGAAGAGUCACUGAAUCUGUUGGAGUGGUUCAAGCCUAGUGACCCUUGUCAGACCCUCCUUCUCCUCCCGUGCUUCUUGGUCGGGACGGCCUGCUUCAGGCCCUCACAGCAGCAGCGCGUCCGUGCUGCCAUCAGGGCCGUCAAGGGCUACACUGGGCUGCGGAACGCAGACUGCGUGCUUCAGCUCCUCGAGGAAGUCUGGCGGCUCAUGGAGGCCGGCGACUGGGUCGCGGCGUGGGACUGGCCUGGAGUGGCCGAGAAUCUAGGACUGGACUUCAUCCCUGCAUGAAAGGGUGUCCCAAGGAUGAAGGAGGUGUGCUCCGCAGCAUUUCCCUCGCUUUAUGGAGGAGCAAAGCCGCCCGGCUUUUCCUCCUUUCUUUCUUUUCUUUUUAUUUUUUUUUUUCGAGAUCACAUCAUCUUGCAGAAUUGUUGCGUAGCUGCAGGCAGCCUUUCCUCUGUCAAU